AUUUUUUGUGCUCCUUAUGUAUGAGUUUAACCUAUUUGUAGUUAAUAAUAUCGUUGGGCGCGCUUGAGAGCGCCAGUCUUAUAAGAAUACAAUGCAGAAUUUAUAGGAUGUAAUCUAUGCCCGCCUGCGCUCGCGCAGCAUCAGUCAGCCUCAUGCCCCGAGAGGCUCACAUCGUCUCGAAAACAAUUAAAUGAAUUGACUUUAAACAUUUUAAGGUUAUAUCGUUCUUAAUUACAUUGAGCUCUAUUAGUUUUAACAGAAAUGUGUUCACUUAGUAUUAAAUUAACGUGCUUUUUGCUGAUAGCAAGAUCGUGUGGUCAAAGCAUCGAUGGUGCCAUUGGAUUUCCAGAAAAGGAGGAAAAUAAUCAAAUCAAAAAUAAAGAGAAUCGGGAGCCCGUAUUCCUGCCGUCGAUGUGUCCAGUGGACCAGCUCUACUACCCUGGCGACCAGAAGGACGACUGGAUUUGUGACUGCCGGCCGUCGUACCUCUACCACCCGGCGACCGACAGAUGCUGGCCGGCCUACCGCCGAGGCCCUUGCAAGGAGAAAGAAUACCUCAUGCUACCGUCGAACACCUACAUCCCUGCCUGCGUACCGAACCCAUGCUUAGUAGACUCCUACGUUCCAUGGAACAGGAAAUGUCAACAAUUGGGCGUGACGACCCCCUGUGCACAUUUGUACCCUAACUCAGCAGCGCUAGGCGUAAAUGCUACUACUUUACGUAUUGACUGUGUAAAGUUAAAUAUUGAGUCGAGAUUCCUUGAGCCAGCUGGUCAGUUGCCGGUGACGGUUGUACCUUGCCCGCCGGGAUGCAAAAGAAGUAUAAAUGGGAAAUGUACUAAUAAUUAGAACGGACAAACUCUUUGUUGUAACUUGUUACUGCCUAUUAGUACUAUUAAAAUUAAGGAUAGAUAUAUUAGGUAGGUAUAUGUUUUAUAUGAUUAAUACAUAGUUGGUUAUUAGUCAAAAGUGAA